GCAGGAGUGGCUGGCGUGGUUGUAGGACAUCCCCUGGACACAGUCAAGGUGCGAAUACAGACACAAUGUGCAAGAAAUCCGACGUAUCGAGGAACAUUUCACUGUCUCCACAGUAUUCUAGUCAAAGAAGGAACGCGGGGCCUGUACCGCGGCCUGACGUCUCCCAUGUUCGGCGUGGCGGCCGUGAACGCGCUCACCUUCGGCAUCCAGGGCAACGUGCGCCGGCUGAUGGCAGACCCGGACUGCCUGAGCGCCCAGUGCCGGGCGGGUAUGAUCGCCGGCGGCUGCCAGGCGAUCGUCGUCAGCCCGAUGGAGCUGGUCAAGAGCCAGCUGCAGGUGCAGAGCGACACCACCGGCAUGGGCAGGCGCUUCUUCAGAUCGCCGUGGGACUGCUGCCGCCAGCUGUAUGCCAGCACCGGCUGGCGUGGUCUGAUGCGCGGCUACUGGAUCACCGUGGCCCGCGAGGUGCCCGCCUUCGGCCUCUACUUCGGCACCUACGAACUGCUCACCACCGGCCUGGUCGGUGACCAGCGCAAGAGCCUGUCGCACAUGCUGCUGGCAGGCGGCAUGGCCGGCGUCGCCUCCUGGGUCUUCACCUACCCCAUCGACGUGGUCAAGACGCGCAUUCAGACCGAUGGCAUGGCCGGCAUCCAGCUCUACUCGGGCUACAUCAACUGUGUGCACCAUACAUUCCAGCGCGAGGGCUGGCGCGGCUUCGUGCGCGGUGUUAACUCGGCCUCGAUCCGCGCCUUCCCCACCAACGCCGUCACGCUGGCCGUGGUGUCCGUCAUCUUGGAGCUGAACCAGGAGCGUAGGCGCGCCGCUGCCACCAUCACCGUCACGCAGAUGACCGUGCAGAUCGAGACCAGCGACGGUGGCGACGCGGCGCGCCGGCGCAAGGCGACCAUCCGGCUGGACGGCCAGAUGGCGCUGGGGCAGCUGCGCUGCUUGCUGGACCGCGAGGUGGAGGCUCUGCAGGGCCAGCUGCUGGGCCCAGGCGGACAGUCGGCUCUGCCCAUCAGUGAGGAGGAGGAACAACUGGAGAUGCAGACCGACGUACUACCCUGCCGCCACGUGCGCCGUGAGACUACUGUCGUCACGCACAUCGUCGAGUACGAUGUGGGCGACGACCAGAUGUCAAGAUUAUUGGAGACAGCGGCUGUUUAG